AUGUCAGAAAUAGAUGAGAGACCACCACAAGAGUGCCAAUCAUUGGUGAGCGACAGGUAUACCAUAUGCUCGGAGAUAGGAAAGGGAUCGUACGGCAUAUGCUACGCGGGACUGGACGUGAGCACCGGGCAAAAGAUAGCCAUCAAAGUGGACCCCAAGAAAACCAAGAGCUCAUCCCUAUUAUACGAGAUCAAGAUCUACAGACAGUAUCUCAAACGCAUUGACGCGCACACUCCGCACAUACCGGCCCUGUUCUGGGCGGGCACCGACCCGCGCAUGGGUCACGUGAUGGUCAUGGAGCUCAUGGGCCCCAAUCUGGACAAGUUGUUCGAGUAUUGUCACCGAAAGUUCACGCUUAAGACCAUAUUAAUGAUCGCCGUUCAGGUGGUCGACAUCAUGGAGUCGGUGCACCGACUGGGGCUCAUACACCAAGACAUAAAGCCGGAAAACUUUCUGAUGGGCGGCGCCGGGAGUCGCGCCAAACGCAUCCACAUUAUCGACUUCGGACUGGCCAAGCCGUUCAUCGAUCGCCGUACGGACAGGCAUAUCGAGUUCCAGGUGGGCGCCGGUAUGACGGGAACGCCCCGAGACCACUGA